AUGAAUCGCCCCUCACUUUCUCACGAGCAAUCGUCACUUGUUGGCAUCACACGCAUCAAUGAGAAGAACAACAUCCAAGAUCAGAGUCAGGAUCUAGGUCAGGAUCAACUUCAGGAUCAAAAUCAACCUCAACUGCAAGAUCCGAACAUAGCGGGAGAACCAAGUUCGACUCAAAAACAGCUGGACAGAUUGCACGACAAUCAUGAUCAAAACGAAGAUCAAGUUUCCCAGCAAGAUAGUCGAUUUUCACCUGUUCUGAACGACACCCAAAAUGAUAUAUAUCCUUCACCGGACAUCAUAUCCAUCGGUGCAUCUCCCCAAUAUCCAACCACACCCGCCAUCCCGUCAUUGGACCUUCCUGUCCCCUUAAUAUCUUUACCGACCCAUAUCCCGUCUGAGGCAAGGUCGAUCCCGAUCUUACGUCCUCGGGAAUACAAUGGGAUUGACAGGAGUAUACCUAAUUCAAUUAAAGAUCUGAAGGGUUUGAUGAAUUCACUUGAAUAUACAGCUUCUAGAUAUAGCACAUCAUGGAAUCUGGGUCAGAAUAGUACUAGUAUAGGAUCAACUACUGUUCGACCUGGACCUGAAUCUAAUAUCGUUGGAAGUUUAGGUCAAGCGACAAUCAAACCCAGACAAAUACAAGUACAAGAUCAAGAUCAAAGUGUCGAUUCCACAAUUAGACCGCGAAUGCAAAUGCAAAUGCCAGGUAGCUUAUCGUUUGAUUCUAGAAUGAAAUCGUUUCAAGCUGAAUUCCUGGCUCAGAAAUCAUCUUCCAGCGAUGACGAAAGGCGAUCUUCUGGAUCGCCGGCUCAGGGGAUGAGCAGAAGAGAUAAAGAAAUGAUCGACGAGGUUGAAGUUGAAUGGUGUUUCUUUUGCGGCAAAGAGAAAAUAAGGGAUGGAAUGGAGUUGCAACAGGUGAACAUGACGGAAAUACCCAGAAUAUAUAGGGCAGCCGAAAUAAAGUCCAACCACCUGCAGGAAGAAGAAAGAGAAACAAGCUGGCAGUGGGUGUGCAACGAUUGUGGAGAUAGUGGUGGUGAUAAAGGUUAA